CCUGUGCGUGGGUUUUAAUCUUAUCUUUAUCCCCGUUGGUAUAUUUAACGUGUUUUAAUGAGGUAUUACAUGGUCAGAGGGUGGUAAAUGCAUGAUCACACACAGUAAACGCAGCAAGUGUUCAAGUGCAGCAGGCGCGCGGAGGCCGGCCCGGGGUCUCCGCGUCUUGCCCUUGCCCUGUCAUGCCCCUCCGUGCUGCUUCCCUGUCCGCUCUCAGCCAGAGCUCAUCCCCUGCCCCUCCUCCACGCGGGGUCUCCCACAGACACCGCAGAUCUCCCAAAUAAGGACUGAGUGAAGCGGCCGCCCCGUCCCGCUCUAUCCCAUCUUGCAGAGUUAGGAAGAACAGCUGAAUUCAAGAAGCAACUACUUCAGGGAGAAGAGGUGGCUGACCCUUGGUGUCUUCUGUCUCUUCACCUUGCUUCCUGCCUAUGCUCUCCUCCACCCCAGACCCUUGGUCUGCGUCCUCUCUUCCUCCACCAGACUCCCAACGAGUCCAGGAGUUGAGCCCUCCUCCCUUCCCCAAGCCAGCUGCGGGGGAGCCCUGUAAACCCUGGGGCAUAAACCCGAUGUGCUGCCAGUCUGCAUGCCCCAUGCGCAGCUGUGCUCCAGUUUCUGGAAACCCUGAAUUAUAAAACAGGAAGUCAAGGUGUUUGCCUUUAGUAGGGAGAAGACACACUGCUUUCGGCUGUGUACAGGAGACGCACCCGUUGCAUCCGUUGCUUACUCAGCCAUUGUGAUGUCCCUGGGCCUCAGCUCCCGUUCUGCCAUGCUGCUGCCGGAACCCUUCUGGGCUUACGGCUGAUUCUCUCCUUGGCCACCAAGGCCCGGCGCUUGCUCUCCUGACCCGCCCUCUCUGUGGACCUCCCGCACUGUGGCUGUGCUGUCCUGCUCCUGGGCUUCCACUUUCCCCUGGCUGGUUCCCUCCUUGUCAGGGCUCAGCCCAGGCGCUCCUCCAGCGGGAGGCCCCCCUCUGCCUGGCGGGUGUUCCUUCCGGGUGUCUUGCUCCCCACUUGCCCACUGAGGGGUCUGCCUCCCUCCUGAGCUCUGCGUGGGCCUAGAUUGUGCCUCCUACCUGUCACCACCGUUCCCCAGCGCCCAGCACAGUGUACGGCAUCCUGCACACCUGCAACAAGCGAGCAAUUGAAUCCAGUAGGAAGAAAGCUUCUUGGAGGGGGCUCCCUGGGUAGAACCUUGAGGGUGGCGGUGCCUGCUGAGCGCUGGGCACGGGAGAGUGGAAACCCCUUGCUUGAUACUUAACUGAUCUUAAUUAUUUAACGAACGUGGCUGGCUGCAGUAUCGCUCUUUCACACAGUGGCGGCGGUAGAGAGUAAUACAAGGGUUUUUUGCGGGGAAACGCUGAGGACUAUGGGUCUGGACGCCUUGGAAACAGGGAACGCUGACAGGAUCAUUGCUGUUCGCUAAGUGGGAACCUUGACCCGUCACUCUCAGGUCAAGGAGCAUUCUUGACACUGUCGUGGAAUGAAGCUGCAGCUGUUGCGAUGAAAGUCAGUUUGCUCAACAUGCUUGAUUUCUGGCCCAAAAUGCGGGCUGUAGGCCAGGAAGAGGCCACCCAGCACCGAGGUCAGGCCCAGCAGCGCAGCGGCGGGCAGGGGUGGCGGAGCAGAAAGUCCCAGCAGGCCAGAGCGCGUUCUGGAUACUGCGUGCUGCUCAUGGGGCCCCGACUCCAAGACCUGCAUCCCGGCGGGGAGCUCUCCACCUCCUCCCCGGCUGGGCCCCCUCAGAGCCCGGCUUCCGCUGCUUCUCUGGACCCGGGCACCUUGGGCUGGCAAAUGGGCCCGAGCGUCAUCUCCUGGGUCUCUCCGCUGAGUGCGGGGCGGCUUAAACACUGUAAGCUUCAGUUUCUUCACCGGAGAAGUGGGGCCCGCACAGCCCUACCCUGCAUGUUAAAUUUGAUCAAGCACCUAAAAUGCACAGAAAGCAAGCCAUAGAAUUUGGUUUUUAGCAUUAGAGCCGCACUUUCGGGACAGCCCAGUAACCACGGUCUAGAUCCUCCUGCACUCCUGAUUUCACGAGUUCCUGGGGCAGCAGGUGUUUAUCUGUGGAUGAGUGAAUAAACGCAGAAGAGUCUUGGGUUCCCACGUUUCUGCGUGUGACACAGGCCACAGCUGGCCCUGCUCCCCCGGGCUCAGCAACACCCACGGACCCGCGGUCACCCAGAACCCGCUGGGCGCCCAGGGCUUCGCUCCGCAGCUAGCGAGCGGCUCUUCCUCCUCGUCACCUCCAGGCAACGACAAUGGGGCUCCGGCAAAACCUGGCCCCCUCGUCCCGGAUUCGCCUUCAGCGAUGGCGGGGGCUCCCACGGGCACGCUCUGGCCCUCGGCCGCUAGGGGGACAACGUAAGCCACUCCGGCCGCGAGUGUCGCCGUACUCCUCCCGCGGAUACCUGUCCCUCCGGGAGGCGCGUUUUCGGCCGGGGCGAGGGAGACCGGGGCCGGCUGCGGCACCCCAGCUCCGACGCAGUGACCUCCGCCGAGUCGGGCUUGGGAAGCUGAGGACGCCUUCGGGGACCCCCCGCCCCUCCCUUCCUAGUGUUCUGGGAGACCCAGGCGGCGAGGGAAGCGAGGCCACCUGCCGGAGUCCGCUCCGAUCGGCGCUCGGGCGCCUGGGGGUCCGGUCCCGCCCCCGCCCCCGCUGCCGCCAAAGAAAAUCUGGACCUGCCACACUGAGUCCAUGGACAGCUCCACCGUAAUGAAUCAGUGCGUCUACAGAGGAACGGAAGAAAACAAGGAAAGACCUAAACGGCAGCGGCAAAACAACUUUCCCAUGUUUCCUUCGCCUAAAGCCUGGAAUUUCAGAGGGCGGAAACGGAAGCAGAGCACCCAAGAUGAAGACGCUGCCAGCCUUUGCAGUCUCGAUAUAAGUGAACCGAGUAACAAACGGGUCAAACCCCUUUCCAGAGUCACGUCACUAGCAAACCUCAUCCCUCCUGUGAAAGCUACGCCUUUAAAGCGCUUCAGCCAAACCUUGCAGCGGUCCAUUAGCUUCCGCAGUGAGAGCCGCCCUGACAUCCUCGGCCCCCGACCUUGGUCCAGAAAUGCCACCUCCUCGAGCACAAAGCGGAGAGACAGCAAGCUGUGGAGUGAGACCUUCGAUGUGUGCGUUAAUCAGAUGCUUACGGCCAAGGAGAUCAAACGGCAGGAGGCAAUCUUUGAGCUUUCUCAAGGAGAAGAAGACCUGAUAGAAGACUUGAAGUUAGCCAAAAAGGCCUAUCACGACCCUAUGCUGAAACUCUCCAUCAUGACAGAGCAAGAGCUGAAUCAAAUUUUUGGAACACUGGACUCUCUGAUUCCUCUGCAUGAAGAGCUCCUCAGUCAGCUUCGAGACGUGCGGAAGCCAGAUGGCUCAACUGAACAUGUGGGUCCCAUCCUCGUGGGCUGGCUUCCUUGUCUCAGCUCCUAUGACAGCUACUGCAGUAAUCAGGUGGCCGCCAAAGCCCUGCUGGACCACAAAAAACAAGAUCAUCGAGUUCAAGAUUUCCUUCAGCGCUGCUUGGAAUCCCCCUUUAGCCGCAAACUAGAUCUCUGGAAUUUCCUUGAUAUCCCAAGAAGCCGGCUGGUAAAAUACCCUCUGCUGCUCCGAGAAAUCCUGAGGCACACGCCAAACGACAAUCCAGACCAGCAGCACUUGGAGGAAGCUAUAAACAUCAUUCAGGGAAUUGUGGCAGAAAUCAACACCAAGACUGGCGAAUCUGAAUGUCGUUAUUAUAAGGAGCGGCUCCUUUACUUGGAAGAGGGCCAGAAAGACUCCUUGAUUGACAGUUCUCGAGUCCUGUGUUGUCACGGGGAACUGAAGAACAACCGGGGUGUGAAACUGCAUGUUUUCCUGUUCCAAGAAGUACUUGUGAUUACUCGAGCUGUCACCCACAAUGAGCAGCUAUGCUAUCAGUUGUACCGGCAGCCCAUUCCUGUGAAGGACCUGCUGCUGGAAGAUCUGCAAGACGGAGAAGUGAGGCUGGGCGGCUCCCUGCGCGGGGCCUUCAGCAACAAUGAGAGAAUUAAAAACUUCUUCAGAGUCAGUUUCAAAAAUGGAUCCCAAAGUCAGACCCAUUCAUUACAAGCUAAUGAUACCUUCAACAAGCAGCAGUGGCUCAACUGUAUUCGACAAGCCAAAGAAACAGUUCUGUGUGUUGCCGGGCAGGCGGGAGUGCCUGACACCGAGGGACCAUUCCUGAGUCCCGCCAGCAGGAGCCGGGAGCCGCAGGGAGAAACAAAACUGGAGCAGAUGGACCAAUCGGACAGUGAGUCGGACUGCAGCAUGGACACAAGCGAGGUCAGCCUUGACUGUGAGCGGAUGGAACAGACGGACUCCUCCUGUGGGAACGGCAGGCAUGUGGAAAGCAGUGUCUGACGGAAGGGCGUGUCCCUCGUGGGAGUAGCCCUGUGUCUUACCUGUACAGUAUUUGCAUUCCACAUGCAAUGGUUUGGAGAAGCACUUUUUGAUACGUUUGUGGCCACGUCGACCCACGCUCUUGUAUCUGUGCCUCUGUCUCUCGUACUGUAACUGCCGAUCAGUCUGUCUGUGGCGCAGGAACCUGGCAGCCGUCACCCUGUACCGUAGCUAACAGGUGUCCGGAGGGACGGAGAGGUACUUUCAGUUGUCCUGCUGGGUUUUUACAAAUAGAAAGAAAAAAAUCUAAACUACUGUUUUGGGUAGAUUGCUUGAAGAGUUCUUCCUCCCCUGCUUCUCUAGUGCUUUGCCAGCGCUGUGGUGCGGGGGCCAAAGGCACGGAGUCUAGAAGGCUUUGCAAACAGAGUUUGGGACGGUGUCUGAGGGAGAACUAGGAAAAACCAACCACGGACGUGAGACCUUGGUUCUGUGUUACUCAACCAGAAAGCGUGAGAACAUCCCUGAGGAGUCUGAAAGCUUCAUUUUGCAGAGGAGGAAGGAUUGUUUGAACCUUGCCGUUCCAUCCAGUGCAAGUUUGAUGCAGCCAUCGCUGAGGACAUGAAAUAGAGGCUGACCUUGGAAGAGCCGGGACAAAGGCAGCUGCCACCUCCAGAUCUUUAACUAAAAUGCACACGGCUCUAGGAGGUGUCUACCAUGGUUGGUAGCCUGCCACAGGGAGCCACUUGCAGCCUAAAAUAUCAGAAUAGAACAUAAAGGGCCUGGGAGAGUGUACCAGGGUAAUGAACGAGCCCUGUCUUCACUGGGUUUCACCUGCCCAGGCCACUCCUAUUUUACAGUGUGCAUGAAGCGAUAGGAAAAGGGACUGUGACCGGGUUGGUGACUGAUUACAGAGCACGUGAGAGAAGCGCUUCCUCGGGGUCUUCCAUGGGAACCAUUAAAAGAGAAAAGCAAGGAGCGUGGCCGGAGCCUGGAGGAAGGCCACAGCCUUGGGGGUUCCUGCUCUGCUUCUGGGUCACCCCUUCGCCUCUCUGGUUCUGUGUUGUCAUCAGAAUCAUAAUUACUUUUUCUCGAGGUCAGUUUCAUCCACUGAUGAAUUAGGGUCAGCUAGCCAAACUUGUCACCUCCGUGUCCAGCCUUGAUGUACCGAGCGGGGUGGCUUGUAGACCUUUCAAGAAAAGUUCACAAAACACACAAAAAGCUCCCUGUGAUUGUAAAUAUUUAGAAUGACCUGUGCAAAACUAUACCCACACCAGCACUGGUAGUGAUGCUAAAUUAUUGCCAAAAAAGUUUUUUUUUUAAUCUUCUGUGUCUUUCAAGUUUACAGAAAAGCAGCAAGUACAAUGUUGUCCUUUUACCGUGUACAUAGACCAUACGCAUUCAAAGGCGCUGUAUAACAAGAGUCAAUGCUAUAAAAACAAGGUAUAUGACAUUAUUAUUUUUCAAAAGCAAAAAUACUAUGGUCAAUUUUGCCCUGUAAAACAUAUUUAUAGAUUUUAAACAUGGUGAAUUUUUUCUAUUACAAGUUUAUUUAAAACUACUUUGUUUCUCAAAUCGUUACGAGUUAGCGAAUGAAUGAACCUGCUGCAGAUGGAGGCAGAGCAAAGCUUAGAAAAGUUCUUCAGUGAUGGGAAGUGAAUGAAUCGUUCUUUGAAGAUCCAUUGGCCACUUGGGCCCGUGUAUCGAGAAAAGUUUGUCAAGGGUUGGCCUAUGGGAAGGACGGCAUUGAAUGUUUUGAUGGAAUGAAUGUUUUUGUAUAAUGGCCUUAAACUUUUCUGGAAGCAUUUCAAAUAAAUUGCAUUAAAAAUGUCA